UGACCGAUUUCAUACGCACUCAUGCUACGCCGCUAUUUCUCAUGCUGUCAGGAAUAAUCAUUGUUGGGAAGUAUGGGCCGUUCCAUAUAGACCUUACCGCUAGUAAGACUGUAGGAAAGACAGGAAGCUGUGCAAAAUUACGCAGCGACACGUCAUGACACGCCUCUUUGAGGAGGUUCUAACAGUAGCGGUCUCGUACAAACUCAGAGGACCACGAGUUUGGAAAGACUGAGGAAAGCAACGAUGGCUGCGCCCUAUAUUUACCAUAAGUGCCUCUACUCUUUACUAUUAUUUUUACUGUUUAGCAAAUUUGAGUCUUCAUGUGAAUGACUCGUACACAUUACAAUGGAUUAUGUGAAUUUUUUAUGGUGUGCUGUUGUGCGUGGAAUGUCAUAUGUGUUGUUUAUCCGUUGGUGUUGGUGAAAGUAGCUAGCAGUGAUGCUAAUAAUAAAGGCUCUGCUACUGCAAUAGCGACGACUGCUUUCUUGGAGGCAUCCAUCUUUGUUUAUUUUUAGGUCGUAAAUGGUACAAAUGUAAACGGGGAUGCAAACCGCCAAUUUAAGCAGGAAGUUACGACAUUUUACGACAUCAUCUUGAAUCUCACCGCUCGUAGCAACGUAAAUGGAUCACAGCACCAGCUCACUACAAGGUGCGACUUUACGAAUGUAACAGCAUUCUCAGUGCGUGGUAGUGACGUCACUACUUUCUGAGUCAAAUAUCUUUUCAGUAGUGAAGUUAAUUGAUUGAAAGAGUCGCACAGUAACGUCCAUAAAAGUUACAAACUCUUUUUCCCAGGAAAACUCUGAAAUGCAGCAAACUUCCUUCCUGUGGAAGUCUGGAUAAAAGUAAGGAUGUUAGAACUGAGGAUCAGUGAUGUGACUGACACCAGCGCCACACCGAGGCAUGAGAUGACAGAGUUGCUGUUGCAACUCAUAAUGUAAUGAUGGCUCAUAAUGUAAUAACAGUUCAUAAUGUAAUAACAGCUCAUAAUGUAAUAACAGUUCAUAAUGUAAAAACAGCUCAUAAUGUAGUUACAGUUUAUAAUGUAAUAACAGCUCAUAAUGUAAUAACAGCUCAUAAUGUAAUAACAGCUCAUAAUGUAGUUACAGUUCAUAAUGUAAUAACAGCUCAUAAUGUAAUAACAGUUCAUAAUGUAAUAACAGUUCAUAAUGUAAAAACAGCUCAUAAUGUAGUUACAGUUUAUAAUGUAAUAACAGCUCAUAAUGUAAUAACAGCUCAUAAUGUAAUAACAGCUCAUAAUGUAGUUACAGUUCAUAAUGUAAUAACAGCUCAUAAUGUAAUAACAGCUCAUAAUGUAGUUACAGUUCAUAAUGUAAUAACAGUUCAUAAUGUAAUAACAGCUCAUAAUGUAAUAACAGUUCAUAAUGUAAAAACAGCUCAUAAUGUAGUUACAGUUUAUAAUGUAAUAACAGCUCAUAAUGUAAUAACAGCUCAUAAUGUAAUAACAGCUCAUAAUGUAGUUACAGUUCAUAAUGUAAUAACAGCUCAUAAUGUAGUUACAGUUCAUAAUGUAAUAACAGCUCAUAAUGUAAUAACAGUUCAUAAUGUAAUAACAGCUCAUAAUGUAAUAACAGUUCAUAAUGUAAAAACAGCUCAUAAUGUAGUUACAGUUUAUAAUGUAAUAACAGCUCAUAAUGUAAUAACAGCUCAUAAUUUAAUAACAGUUCAUAAUGUAAUAACAGCUCAUAAUGUAAUAACAGUUCACAAUGUAAUAACAGCUCAUAAUGUAGUUACAGUUUAUAAUGUAAUAACAGCUCAUAAUGUAAUAACAGUUCAUAAUGUAAUAAGAGUUUAUAAUGUAGUAACAGCUCAAAAUGUAAUAACAGCUCAUAAUGUAAUAACAGCUCAUAAUGUAGUUACAGUUUAUAAUGUAAUAACAGCUCAUAAUGUAGUUACAGUUUAUAAUGUAAUAACAGCUCAUAAUGUAGUUACAGUUCAUAAUGUAGUUACAGUUUAUAAUGUAAUAACAGCUCAUAAUGUAGUUACAGUUCAUCAUGUAAUAACAGCUCAUAAUGUAAUAACAGUUCAUAAUGUAAUAACAGCUCAUAAUGUAAUAACAGCUCAUAAUGUAGUUACAGUUUAUAAUGUAAUAACAGCUCAUAAUGUAGUUACAGUUCAUCAUGUAAUAACAGCUCAUAAUGUAAUAACAGUUCAUAAUGUAAUAACAGCUCAUAAUGUAAUAACAGUUCAUAAUGUAAUAAGAGUUUAUAAUGUAGUAACAGCUCAAAAUGUAAUAACAGUUCAUAAUGUAAUAACAGUUCAUAAUGUAAUAACAGCUCAUAAUGUAGUUACAGUUCAUCAUGUAAUAACAGCUCAUAAUGUAGUUACAGUUCAUGUAAUAACAGCUCAUAAUGUAGUUACAGUUCAUAAUGUAGUAACAGCUCAUAAUGUAAUAACAGUUCAUAAUGUAGUAACAGCUCAAAAUGUAAUAACAGUUCAUCAUGUAAUAAUAGCUCAUAAUGUAAUAACAGCUCAUAAUGUAAUAACAGUUCAUAAUGUAGUUACAGUUCAUAAUGUAAUAACAGUUCAUAAUGUAAUAACAGCUCAUAAUGUAAUAACAGCUCAUAAUGUAAUAACAGUUCAUAAUGUAGUAACAGUUCAUAAUGUAGUUACAGUUCAUCAUGUAAUAACAGUUCAUCAUGUAAUAACAGCUCAUAAUGUAAUAACAGUUCAUCAUGUAAUAACAGUUCAUAAUGUAGUUACAGUUCAUAAUGUAAUAACAGUUCAUAAUGUAAUAACAGCUCAUAAUGUAAUUACAGUUCAUCAUGUAAUAUCAAUCAAUCAAUCAAUCAAUUUUAUUUAUAAAGCCCAAUAUCACAAAUCACAAUUUGCCUCACAGGGCUUUACAGCAUACGACAUCCCUCUGUCCUUAUGACCCUCACAGCUGAUCAGGAAAAACUCCCUAAAAAACCCUUUAACGGGGAAAAAACGGUAGAAACCUCAGGAAGAGCAACUGAGGAGGGAUCCCUCUUCCAGGACGGACAGACGUGCAAUAGAUGUCGUACAGAACAGAUCAACAUGAUAAAUUAACAGUAAUCCACAUGACACAAUGAGAGAGAGAGAGAGAGAGAGAGAGAGAGAGAGAGAUGCAGGUAAUGACAGUAGCUUACAACAACAUUAUUGAAAGUAAUAAUAUUAUAGUUAUAGUUCUGGCUACUGUGGUACAAUAUGUUGAAAGUAUGUAUUAAUACCUGGCAGUAUAUAUGUGUGACAAUAGUCAUAUGUGUAUAAUAACAGUAGAAGUAUGACUAAUGAUGGCAGCAGCAGCAGGAGGCAUCUGGCAGGACCACGGCAGCAGCACAACCACACACGUCACGCUGUCCAGGCACCGCUGUGAUAUGAGUUAAUCUGAGAGACAGUGGAGCACAAAGGCUCCGGAGAAGAAGCCGAGUUAGUGACAUCCAGAAUGGCCGAGUUAGCAAGAUGCAGUAACAGGACAUGAGAGAGAAGGAGAGAAGGUGCCCGGUGUAUUAUAGAGGGGUCCUCCGGCAGACUAGGCCUAAGUCAGCCUAACUAGGGGCUGGUACAGGGCAAGCCUGAGCCAGCCCUAACUAUAAGCUUUAUCAAAGAGGAAAGUCUUAAGUCUAGUCUUAAAUGUGGAGACGGUGUCUGCCUCCCGGACCGUAACAGGAAGAUGAUUCCACAGGAGAGGAGCCUGAUAGCUGAAGGCUCUGGCUCCUGAUCUACUUUUGGAGACUUUAGGGACCACGAGUAACCCUGCGUUCUCAGAGCACAGUGUUCUGGUGGGAUAAUAUGGCACUAUGAGCUCUCUAAGAUAUGACGGAGCUUGACCAUUUAGAGCUUUAUAAGUUAACAGUAGGAUUUUAAAUUCAAUUCUGGAUUUUACAGGGAGCCAGUGCAGAGAAGCUAAAACAGGAGAGAUAUGAUCGCGUUUCUUAGUUCCUGUUAGUACACGUGCUGCUGCAUUCUGAAUUAGCUGGAGAGUUUUUAAGGACUUACUAGAGCUACCUGAAAAUAGAGAGUUACAGUAAUCCAGCCUUGAGGUAACAAAACGUGGAACAAUUUUUCUGCAUCUUUUCGGGUCAGGAUAGGCCUAAUUUUCGCAAUAUUACGCAGAUGAAAAAAUGCAGUCCGUGAGGUUUGUUUUAAAUGAGAAUUAAAAGACAAAUCUUGAUCAAAUGUUACUCCGAGGUUUCUUACGGUAGUGGCAGGGGCCAGAGCAAUGCCAUCUAGAGAAAC